GCGCAGCUGCCUCAGGCACUGCCCAGGCUCCCGCGCCUGCGUACUGCUGUCGGCCACGCCCCUCGCCUCGCGGCCUCCCAGGCGCGAGCCGGACAUGGGGCUGUCCGAGCUGGCCGUGCGCCUCAACUGCGCGGAGUACAAGAACUGGGUGAAGGCAGGCCACUGCCUGCUGCUGCUGCGCAGCUGCCUGCAGGGCUUCGUCGGCCGCGAGGUGCACUCCUUCCACCGCGGCCUGCUCGCUGCAGCCCCCGGCCUGGGCCCCCGAGCCGCCUGCAGCGGCGGCUCACGAUGUAGUCCGCGCGCCCGCCAGUUUCAGCCUCAGUGUCAGGUGUGCGCAGAGUGGAAACGGGAGAUUUUGAGACAUCACAUCAACAGAAAUGGAGAUGUGUACUGGGGAAACUGCCGGCCAGGCCGCUGGCCCGUCGACGCCUGGGAGGUGGCCAAGGCCUUCAUGCCCCGAGGACUGACAGACAAACGAGGACCCGAAGAAUGUGAUGCAGUUGCUCUUUUGAGUCUCAUCAACUCCUGCGAUCAUUUUGUGAUUGAUCGAAAGAAAGUCACAGAGGUGAUUAAGUGUCGUAAUGAGAUCAUGCACUCUUCAGAAAUGAAAGUGUCUUCUACGUGGCUUCGAGAUUUUCAGAUGAAGAUCCAAAAUUUUCUGAAUGAAUUCAAGAGUAUCCCAGAGAUUGUGGCGGCAUACUCCAGAAUAGAACAGCUGUUGACAUCUGACUGGGCUGUUCACAUCCCCGAGGAAGACCAGCGGGAUGGGUAUGAACGUGAAACAGGAACCUACCUGAGUGAGAGCCAAAUCAAUGAAAUAGAAAUGCAGUUACUAAAGGAAAAACUUCAAGAGCUGUAUCUUCAAGCAGAAGAACAAGAGGUGUUGCCCGAAGAGAUCUCAAAUCAGCUGGAAGUGGUGACGGAAUUUCUGAGAAACAAUGAGGAUCUUAGAAAUGGUCUUACAGAAGAUAUGCAGAAGCUAGACAGCCUCCAUCUGCAACAUCAAAAACAGGAUUCAAAGGAACCUGGGAGACAGACACCUGAAAGGAAGGCCUAAGGUUGCCCUUUGAGAAAAAUCAGGCAUGUUUGUGAAAGUCAGCAUGGCUUCCGUCUCAGACAUCCUUUUCUGUGCAAAAGGAAAAAGUUACCAGAGGAUUGUACCCAAACAAAAAGGAAUUUUUAUUGUUUUGUCCUGGACUUUCCUUUGACUCUUUGGGAGUAUUUUUUUUACUAUUCAUAAACUUGGGGCUGUAUAAUCUAUACCAAUCAAAAAAUAUUAGAUACUCU